AUGACCGUUUCGCAGCAGAAGCGAUCCUGUUCAUCCGGAGAACCUGGACAUUCACUUGGGAAGUCGGACAGAAGACACAAGCCGAGAGACCCUGCCAGCACCUGCCCAGUGUCAUCAGCCAAUGUACUAUCACACAUCAAACUCAAGUUUACUAAACCGUGCGACAGCAUCAGCAACUCAAGCAUCAACUCCUAUAAUUACGCACAACGCACAAGUACGUUACGCGGCAGUGUCAGAAAGGUUCUUCGACGUCAGCCCAAGAUGAAACAGCCCCCGAUCGAGGAACUUAUCUAUGGGUACAUGUUCCCAAAGGCCCGGCCAUCGGACCCCCCGAACUUUUCCGUCUUUCUCCAGAGGCAUCUGAUUUAUGAGGUUCGACAAGAAGUACACUCGUAUUACGGUCAUAUCGACACCCAAGAAGCGAAGUAUCCCGGCCUUGAUUACAACCACCCUAUUCACCGCAUUCGCCUAAGCCGCUGGACAUGGCACCGUCGGCUCUUCCGCGCCUUCGAUGCCCUCCGUUUGACCGAAUGGGAAAUCGCCAAUCUGACAAAGUGGGAGGGCACAAGAUGGGCCAAGGAAAAGUACGAAGAGGAGCAGGGGAUUACCAUCCGGGACACUACGGCCGACGGCCUUCCUGACUUGACCUGUCCUCGGGACAGGGUCAGGAUUGAGCCUGAGUCUAGCUCUGAGCUCUGUAGGGAAGCUGCGCCGGAGGCUGUGAAGGAAGACGAAGACGAGAUCAUGAACGAGGACGGGGACGAUGCCAUGAGCGAGGAGGGCGGGAUUGACUCAGCGCUGACCGUACCUCCGGCAUUCUCAGGGCACCAAAGCAUCGUCUCGAAUAACGUUCUUGCUGCACCAUCGGACGAGGAGUGGCUGAAGAUUGCUAUCGAAACUGGUCAACUACCACGCCACUCCGAUACCACAAAUAGCGAGCUUUCUGCGCCCCGUAUUCUCGCCGCUGCUCGUGAAGGCCGAUGGCACGAGGUUCCGACUAUUUAUCGAGAUGUCCUACAGUCACGGAUGGGGGCACAUUUCGGGCCUCUUUUCGGCAACCCUCAGCUACGGACAAGGCACUUUCAGUAUGGUACCACAGCGGAGCCAGCCAGGCGCACGACCUCAGAGCUUCGUCUGGCUACUGCAACCAACUUUUCUCAGCGAGUUGCGCGACCCGGUGCCUGA